AGAGCCGGAAGUGAGGUCAGUGACCAGAGAGGAAGUGGUGUGUGCUGAGGAGCGAUGGAGGCGGUGGCGGCGGGAGAAAGAGCGCUGCCCGCAAGGGAUUCUGAGAAAGACGCCAUGGGGUUGUCUUCCAGCACCAGCAGGGGUGAUGCUGAAGCAAUCCGGAACGCGUCUGUGGGCGGCCCGACCACUGAGGAGAAGAACGCGGUGGAGACUGAGAAGGAGAACCUGACAUUUUCACCUCCAGUCCGAGGUCUGUCAGGUCACGCGUCCAAGUCCUUCCCAGCACCUCCAUCUUUGUCCUCUUCGCCUCUUUCCAGCAGAGCCAAGAUGUCUCUUACUGGUGCUGGAAAGAUGCCGCACACCACACAAAGCCUGGCCAUGCGAUUGCUGAAUAUUAACCGGGACGGAGUGGACAAAGUGCACCGCGCAAGGAAGACCAUUCCGCGGGGCGGCGGCGUGUCGCGAGAUGGUAUGUUCUAUGCAGAUGGAGUGAAACAGAGUAUGAGGAAAGACUUCAAGAUGGUCAGCAGAAACAGCCCAGAUUCUACACAGAAAAGACCCAGCACCUUCCGUGAUGCUCAUACACUCUCGGCCAUGUCAAAGGACUCUGAGGGACCUUCAGUCCCCUCCUCCCCUGCUCCAGGAUCUUCCCGGGACCCUGAUGGCAUGGAGGGUGAGGACUGGGAGCCAGAUGUGGGAACAGAGUUCAGCCUCUUCUAUGACAGCAUGUCUAUGGAGGACCAAGGAGACACUGACAGCAAGGAGGAAGAGGACGAGGAGGAAGAAGGCUCUGGAAAUCAGUCAGAAAGGAGCUCCAGCAGCCUGAAGAAGAAAGGCAAAAAGAAAUGGAAGAUGGACAAGGCCUGGCUAAAACCGACGAGGAAAAGGAAGCGGCGCGAGAGGGAGAAACCUGGGACAGCUGCUAGUACUGUAGGGGGAUCUCAAAGUGAGUACACAGAGGUGCCUCUCGGAUCCCUGGAUCUGCCUAGUGAGGGGACUCUGUCUCCUAAUCACACAGGUGUGUGCAAUGAGUCCAGCUCCAUGGACACCGAGCGCUUUGAAGAACUUCCGCUGUGCAGCUGUCGUAUGGAGGCUCCUAGCGUGGAGCGAGUCUGUGAGCAAGCAAACAAUUUGUGCAUGGCCACGGAGAGCAUAGAUGGAGAGCUGAGCGGAUGUAAUACUCCCAUCACCAAGCGAGAAACCAUGCGUCCUUCCAGCAGAGUUCCUCUCAUGGUCCUCUGUGAAAGUCACCGUGCCAGAAUGGUCAAACAUCACUGCUGCCCCGGAUGUGGAUAUUUCUGCACCAGUGGAACGUUCCUGGAGUGCCAUCCCGACUUCAGGAUUAAUCAUCGCUUUCACAAGGCCUGUGUUUCUCCUCUAAAUGGCAUCCUCUUCUGCCCUCACUGUGGCGAGGACGCAUCAGAAGCUGAGCAGAUUACCAUAGCAAAAGCAGAUACCUCUGUGCCUGUUCCUGCCCCUCCUCCACACGAUGGCGGCGGUCCCGGAAGGGCCGACACUACGCAGCCCAGUGCACGGAUGAGCGGUGUAGGUGACGGCAAACGCUCCCUUGAUGACCCAGCUCUCAACGGAGGCACCGAAGGCCCCUCUAUCCUCCUCCCGUCCGGUAUGGCUCUCAGUGCUGCUGGUCUGCCUCCUGGUCCUGCCCGUGAUGUCCUACAGAAAGCCUUGGUGGCCCAAGAGACUGACAAUGAUCUCUGUCCCCACAGUUUAAACCAGCAAAAGAGAGAAGGAAGAAGCAGGAAGAAGAUCCGAUACAACUCCAGGCAGCUCUACCUUAGUGUCAAGGCCGGAGAACUGCAGAAGGUCCUGCUUAUGUUAACGGAUAACCAAGACUCCAGUUUCCUGAAUGAUCAGCAGUUAAAGAGAAGCCCCCUCCAUGCUGCCGCACAGAGAGGAAGCAUAGAGCUGUGUCACAUCCUCAUACAGGCCGGUGCCAACUUCAAUGCCACUGACAAGGUUCUUCGUACACCUCUUCUAGAAGCCGUAGUCAACAAUCAUUUGGAUGUUGCCAAAUAUUUGGCACAAUGUGGAGCCUGUGUGUACCACCAGGAGGAGGAUGGUUCCACCUGCCUUCAUCACGCAGCCAAAAGUGGAAAUCUGGAAAUGCUGUCCUUCCUGCUUUCCACAGGCCAAGUCAAUGUGAAUGCCCAGGACAAUGGUGGCUGGACACCUAUCAUCUGGGCUGCAGAGCACAAGCACAUUGAUGUCAUCCGUACAUUAUUGACAAGGGGGGCAGAUGUUACUUUGCAGGACAAUGUGAGUAUCCCACGCUCCUUCCCCUUUAUUGAUUUCCAUAUUCCAGUUUGUUUUAUUCGUUUUUGUGCAUUUUCUUCAUUGCAGGAGAAAAACAUCUGCUUACACUGGGCGUCCUUCACCGGCAGUGUGGAGAUUGCUGAGAUUCUGCUUAACGCACAGUGCGAGCUGCAUGCAGUCAACUUCCACGGGGAUACGCCACUGCACAUAUCUGCUCGCGAGGGCUACAUCCACUGCGUAAACCUGUUUCUGUCUCGUGGGGCUGACACUGAGAUUCGGAACAAUGAAGGUGACACGCCAUGUGACUUGACCCUGGAGCACACAGACGUCUGGUACGCUUUACAGCUCAAUCGGAAGAUCCGGCAGGGGAUCCUCAACAGAGCAGUUCGCACGGAGAGAAUCAUCAGCAGGGACAUUGCUCAUGGGUAUGAAAACUUCCCCAUUCCAUGUGUGAACGGAGUGGAUGAAGAACUGACCCCAGACGACUAUAAGUACGUUUCGGAGAACUGUGAAACGUCGGCCAUGAGCAUUGACCGCAACAUAACUCACCUGCAGAACUGCAGCUGCCAGGAUGACUGUUCGUCUAGUAACUGCCUCUGUGGACAACUGAGCAUCCGCUGCUGGUAUGAUAAGGAUGGUCGUCUUCUACAGGAAUUUAACAAGAUUGAGCCCCCACUUAUCUUUGAGUGUAACCAGGCCUGUGCAUGCUGGCAGACGUGCAAGAACAGAGUGGUGCAGAGCGGCAUUAAGGUCCGGCUGCAGCUAUACCGUACAGCAAAGAUGGGCUGGGGAGUGAGAGCUCUGCAGACGAUACCCCAGGGAUCCUUUAUCUGCGAGUAUGUGGGGGAGCUGAUCUCCGAUGCAGAAGCUGAUGUUAGAGAAGAUGACUCCUAUCUCUUUGACCUGGAUAACAAGGAUGGAGAGGUAUACUGCAUAGACGCCCGGUACUACGGAAACGUCAGCCGCUUCAUCAAUCACCUGUGUGAGCCCAACCUGAUCCCUGUCCGAGUCUUCAUGUCCCACCAGGAUCUGCGCUUUCCUCGCAUUGCCUUCUUCAGUGGAAGAGACAUCCGGGCAGGAGAGGAGCUUGGGUUUGAUUACGGCGAUCGUUUCUGGGACAUCAAGAGCAAAUACUUUACCUGUCAGUGUGGAUCAGAGAGGUGCAAGCACUCAGCAGAAGCCAUCGCUCUGGAGCAGAGCCGCCUCGCCCGCAUUGAGGUUCCCGAUUCAGUGCCCAUAUCUGCUCCUUCCCUUCCCCCUCCACCACCUCCUCCUCCCCCUCCUCCUCCACCUCCUCAGCCCGUAUCCUAGAUUAGACUCUCCUAUUCCGAGCCUAGUUUGAGAGGAACCCUGCAGAUCUUCUCUCCUCUGGUCUGAGAUCCUGCAGAGCAUCACGCUGCUCACAGAUGGUCCUGCCCAAGGACAAAGUAGUGAUCUUGCAGAGCAUUGCCCUGUCCACGAUUCUCCUGCCUGAUCAUGUAAAUCAUCCGGUCUCAUGAAUGAAAUAAAGGUCAUGACUUUUUAUACAUA